AUGACAGAAUGGAAACCACUUUCAACUCCUAAAUCUGGUGACCCAGCCGCUCGUGUUACACUUCCAAUUCCAAUCGGACCGCAUGCAAAACAAACCGAGAAGGAUAUCGAAGCAGCUCGUGCAAGAACUGCAUUUGAUCCAAAGAAAAUUGAACAUAUCUUACGUGAUGGCAGAAUUGAUAAUGAAACCCGUCAUUUAAUGAUCAAAACUUUGGAUUCGGAUGAAUUAUUUGGAAAUUGGAAAAAGCGUAUGUUCCAUAUGAAUCGUGAACAAAAGAUGGCAAUGUCUCAUUUAGCCUGCAGAAGAUUAUUGGAAAUCGCAGCAAGAGAUGAUUGGGAUACACAAAUGAUCAUCGAAGCUGCAACAAGUUUGGACUUGCAAUCUCCCGUCACAAUUCAUUGGGUUGCCUUUGUUCCCGUAAUUAUGGGUCAAGGUUCUAUGGAACAAGUAGAUGCAUGGGCUUCUCGUGCAAUGACACAUCAAAUCUUGGGAUGCUAUUUGCAAACUGAAUUGGGACACGGAACAAACGUGCAAGCAUUAGAAACAACUGCAACAUACAACGAAUCAACCGAAUCUUUCGAUUUACACAGCCCAACUCUCACAAGUACAAAAUGGUGGGCUGGUGGUUCAGGUACAACGGCCACACACGGAAUCGUUCAAGCUCAAUUGAUCAUUAAGGGCAAGAGAUACGGACCUCAUCUUUUCUUCUGCCCUUUACGGGAUGUUCGUAGUGGAAAGCUUUUAGAUAACAUCGUUGCAGGUGAUAUUGGACCAAAGACAUACGAUGCCUUUGGUGGAUUGGAUAAUGGUUGGGUUCGUUUCAACCACGUUCAAUUGCCAAGGUUCAACAUGUUGUCCAAAUUCGCUCAAGUGAAGAAGAAUGGUGAAUACGUUCGUCCUCCAUCGGACAAAUUGAGUUAUGGUGGUAUGAUCUUCAUUCGUAGUCAAAUGAUCGAUCGUACAGGAUGGAUGUUAUCAAGAGCACAAACGAUUGCAACACGUUAUUCUUUGGUCAGAAGACAAUUCCGUGAUCCUGAUAGCAAAGAUGCAAGUGAAUCAGAACGUAGCGUUUUGAGUUAUCCUUCUUUGAACAGAAGAAUGGUGCCGCUUUUGUCCAAGAGUUACGCUUACAUUAUUGCAGGACGUCAUAUGCGUCACCUUUACGAGGAAAUGUCUGCUCAAUUGGAUCAAGGUGAUACAUCUUUGUUGGCAGACGUUCACGUUGCAUCUUCAAGUUUGAAGGCAUACUGCACCAAACAAGCUUUGGAUGGUAUCGAAGAAUCACGUCAAGCACUAGGUGGGCAUGGAUUCGGAGUGUAUGCUGGUUUCACUUCCAUCUUCCCUGAUAAUGCACCUGCUGUAACCUAUGAAGGUGACAACUAUGUGCUCGCACAACAAGUUGGACGUGCAUUACUCAAAAACGCCAACGGACUGGAACAUGAUCCAAAGAACACCAAAUUGACAAACACAACAAACUUCUUGAACGCUUUGCUAACAAAGGGUGCAUUACCUUUGCAAGUUCCCACAACUGCUGCUCAAUGGCGUCAAAGAUCAGUUUAUUCAACUGCUCUUCAAUUACGUGCUGCACGUAGAGUUGCCGAUUUGGUUGCCGAGAUCAAAUCUGGACGUAGAUUUGUUGAUUUAAGUUGGGAUUGCGUUGAAGUUGCACGUAGUCAUGCAGAAGUUGUUGUUGAUAUUUGGUUUGCCGAAGGAGUUGAAACGGAUGCAGAAUCAUAUGGAAAACAAGAAUCUGAAUGGAUUCGUAAAUUGGUUUGUUUGCAUGCUUUGAUUUCGUUACAACGUGAUAUCACUCCUCUCGUUUUACCUUCUUCAACCGGUCGUGGAUUGGCAGAUUAUCCUGCUGGAACGGCAGUUUUAACACCUGAAAGUGUUUUAUCAUUGGAACAAGCAGUUAGAGAAUUGGUUGAAGAACUUUUACCUCAAGUGAUUGGUUUGACGGAUGCAUUCGGAUGGACAGAUUGGGAAUUGGCAUCUUCUUUGGGUCGUUAUGAUGGCAGAGUUUAUGAAAGUUUAAUGGCCGAAGCAGAAGCUAAUCCAAUCAAUCAUACACGUAAAUCAGAUGGAGUCGAUAAUGCAAAUGUUGGUCGUUACCAAUACGGAAGUACGGAAACAGGCAGACAUGUUGCUGAAACAUGGAGAAGACAUAUUGAGCCUUUAUUGCGUGAUGCAAAUGCACGUUCAAGCGAUGAUCCAAUUCGUGGAGAUGGUUCUAAACUUUAG